GCAGUUGUUGCACUCUGAGCUCGUGUCAGCCAAAGUACAGCAGUAAACUAACGUUACCUACCGAGCGCCUGUCAGCCUCCACUCACCAUGAAGACGGCUGUUGUGUUCGCUUUUUUAGCCUGCCUGGCUGUCUCAGCACUGUCAUUGGCUGAAGAUGAAAAAAAUUCCAAACCUCCUGCAACCAUGUCCCCUGCCUUUGAGUUCAGCCCCCAAACUUCAUCUGUCCCGGCCACCACCCCCAAACCUCCAACUACGACUCCCAAAAGUACGACCCCCAAACCUACAACUACGACUCCCAAAACUACGACCCCCAAACCUACAACUACGACCUCAACUACGACCUCCAAACCUACAACUACGACUCCCAAAACUACGACCCCCAAACCUACAACUACGACUCCCAAAACUACGACCCCCAAACCUACAACUACGACUCCCAAAACUACGACCCCCAAACCUACAACUACGACCUCAACUACGACCUCCAAACCUACAACUACGACUCCCAAAACUACGACCCUCAAACCUACAACUCCUCCUCAACCUACUCCCCCCACCAAAUUGACUCCAGGAAACUACAGCCUGACGGACGAGAAAACAAAAGUGAUGUGUGUGAAGGCUCAUAUUGCACUGCAGAUCCGACUGGCAACACCAAAGGCCAAUGGAACCUUCAUUGUUCAACCAGACAAAACAAAUGCAGUAGGAGGUUGUCAGGCAACCAAGGUCAACCUUACCCUUCAAUUCAAAGAGGGCAACAUCACCUUCAUGUUCAACAAGAACACUGAGAAAGUCUACGUUGAUGCUUUGUCUUUCACCCUCAACUACCCCUUAGACAAAAAGGUUGCAAACGGACCCCCGUAUAUUGGCAAAGCCAACUCAACGAAUCUCUUUGCUGCAAGGAUCGGACACUCCUACUCCUGCAAGAAUGAAUCCCUCGACAUGGGGAACGGACUGUACCUGGAUAUCACUCAUGACCAGAUGCAAGCCUUCAAUCUGACCAAGAGCAACGAGUUUGGCACUCCUGACUACUGUCCGGCUGAGAAGCCUGACUACCGCGUUGCCAUUGCGGUGGGAGUGACGUUGUUGGUGCUCAUCAUCAUCGUGGUAGUGGCCUACCUGCUGGGCCGCAGGAAGAGGGCCGAUGGCUACCAGUCUCUGUGAGGGAAGCCGGGCACACUUCAAUCAGAGGUUACUCCUUUUAUAAUCAGUUAGGCUGUGAUCUCACUCAGGGGCUAAGGGGUAUUCCCACUACAGCCUAACGUGCCAUUUCUCUGUUUUUUCAUGAUUUGGUUUACCCAAUUUGCUGUUAUUAACAGUGUUUAAACUAGGGGUCCUGAGUAUGGAGGCCAGAGUGUACUGGAAUAAUUGUAGCCCUUAAAAGUGUUUGAUAGUAAUGAAGUAAUAAAUUGAUCCAUUUAAAUGUUAUUAUAUAAAUUGAUUAAUCAAAUUACAAUUCAAACACUUUUGCAUUGAUAAAGUCAAAGUGAAAAAUAAAUAGAUAUUUAAACUUGCCAAUUAAUUCUUCUAUUCUGUCUUUAAAUGCUCAAUCAAUUAUUGAAUUUUAAGAUGGAUUCACAAAAUACAUUUUAAAGGGCAUUUAGACUCAUCUUUUAGUUAUCUCAUUUACUGACUUGUUUGUCUAUCAUCUUCCCUUUCACAAUUCAUGUUUCCUUUUUAAACAUUUACAGUUGUGAACAAUUUGAUUGAACAACUCUUGUGUCUUUAAUUUAGAGAUGCGUAAACAUUGUGUCACCUAAAAGUUAGAUCUAAAGUCAGCUUCUUGUUUGGUUGGACUGUAGAUCUUACUUUCAGGUGACACACUGCUUAAACAUCUUUAAAUUGAAUAAACAAAGGUAAAAUUAAUUCAUUGAUUAAAGUUUAGAUUAUAACAACAUGAAACUGAAAAAUGAAAUUGUCUGUUGUACUGUGAUGCAAAUGGAAUAACAGUUUAAAUUUCAAUUUAUUUUAUUUCAUUUUAAAAAUCAAUUAAGAAAACAAGAAAAUAUAAUAAGUAAUUGCCAAAUGUAAUGAUAUAUAAAUAACUUUGAGUUUAAUAAUUCAUUACCUAAAUGCAAAUAAAAGAAAAAUGAAUCAAUUUGCUUUGUAUUAUUAUUCCAGUAGACUAGACUGCAUAACACAAAAAUAGCCAAUCCUUAUAUGUGAGGAGAGUUUUACACAAAGAGUUUGAUCCCUGAACUGUAUUCUCAUCAAACUGGACAAGCCUCUGAAAUAGCAUUUGUAUAUUGGGACACUAAAAAUAACAAUGUUAAUAAUGACACAUCUAUAAAGACUGACGUCUUCAUAACUACUUAAAGUAAAAAACUGACCAAAAUGUCUCUUUAGAAUCAGUUUGGUUUAUUUUUUCCAUAGACAACUAGUGUGUUAGUGGUCAAUACUUAAUAUGAUAAUGAUGUCAUUCUAUAUUAAAUUCUUGGCUCCUUUUUUCAGUCUAGCCCCACAUUAUACUUUCCCUUAGCAGUGGAAGCGGCAAGUAAGUCAGAUUUUAUCAUGUGCUCUAAAUUGUAUUCAGCUUGUCUCAGCAAAUACACAACAAAGUACAUUUGAAUGUUUUUUUCAUUGUUUUAAGAUUGUGUAAAUGUCUUUGUUAUUCCUUUUUUUUAAAGAAUCAAAUAUUGUGUCUUCUGUCUAAUUGGGAUUUUAUUUUUUAAAAAGAAGGGAAGUUAUCCAAUCAGUAACGUUACAGGUGAUUGUAUUGUGUAUUGUUAUUUGCAUUAUUAAUAUGCACAAAGGGAAAAUUGUAGGUGUGUGUGUCGGAGAUUGUUAAAACCUAUAGUCAACAAUAAGUGCACUGAUUUCUGUUCCAACUUGAUUGCCUUUGUCUUUUUCAUACAAUAUGUAGAUGAUACUGUGUUUAAAUGUAGGGAUGGACCGUCCAUGUUGGUCAGUAAGCAGUCUGGUCGGUUCCUGAUUAGAUAUUUUUAAAUGAGUCACGCAUUAAUCACAUCUCAGGGGUCCAUCGCUCCUCCCUCGCCAAGUCAGCUCUCACACACCAUACUGCCUUGAAGGAGUAGUUUACAAUUUUGUGAAAUAUGCUUAUAGGUUGUAUAGCAGAAAGGAAAUAAGCAUAUUUCCCAUAAUGUCGAACUGGUCCUGUAAAUAUUGGUUGAAUAAGUGGGCGUAACACAGAAACAUUAUGCUCUUCAGAAAGAAAUCCCACCAAAAUGUGAACCUGAUGGUGGCAAUAUUUUCUCAACUGCAGUUUCCAAGGUCUUGAAUGGAUGUUGAACCUCAAAUGUUAGAGCAGAGCAGAAUUGCAAUUUGAGUACACAAGUAAAAUAAAAUAUUUUUUCUAAUCCCAAAUCCUAGCUUUGUGUCAAAGGGUCACUUAGCCCACAUUAUAAAGAGACAUAUUUUAUCCCAUAUCUCUAGUGGUAUUUAGUCGUGCAGGUGGUUUCAGUUUUAUGUUUAGGUUUUGAUUUACUUGUUUUUCAAAACUUCUGCCACCACUUUAAUAAAAUGAUGAAUAGUGCUUUUCAAAGCAUUGAAAAAUAACAUUUGAAAAAUAAACAGUGGCUCAUAUUUCCAGAAUCCAUAGCCCAGUCCCCCUGUGUAAUCCACAGAUGUAGCUUUCAGCUAUUUUCAAUGGUGUGCACCUUCAUUGUUUUGGGGUGGAAGCAGAACUUUUAGAGGCAGAUAUUUCAAAUCCUGGACAAAAACAAAAAAAUCUGCAUGGUCAGAUACUAUUAGAGGUAAAUGUGAUUUAUGUCUUGUUUGUUUGUGUGAACUGAACCUUUAAGUGUUUUAAGAAGUAGACUAGACUUACUUUAAAUAAUACUCGGUGUGCUUGUGUUAUAAUGAAAAGUGGCAUGGCGGGUGGGGUCGGAUGUCUGGAUGUGAUGUGAUGUCCCUCAGUGAGUGUCAGCUUUUGCAGUACUUGUAGAAUCGAAGAGUUAGACUUAAGACCUGCUGCUCAAAGCUGUACUUCCAGAUUUUAUCCAUCAGGUGAUGCUCUGAAGUUAGGAAGUGAACAGAAAUAAGGGAAUUUGCUGUAUGUACAGUUAUCCCAAUGUUUUACCUGUUGUAGACUUCCUGUGCCAAUAAAGACAGACAUAUUUCUAA